CUUAGCGAAUCAUUAAAGGCCGGUUUGAGCGUGGCUUUGGGAGGGUGAGUAAGUGGGCUUGGGCUCACUCCCGUCUUAUCCUCGUCCCACCCGAACAAAACGAACAAAAUCACCAUACAGUGAGGCCAAAGCCAUGCAAUCAUCGAGACUCCUCAUUGAAGAGAGUGUAGUAGUAUGGUGACUUACUAUGGGUAGUAAUCGACUUGACGUGCCUUGAAAAGUGUGUGAGAGAAGUCAGGAAAUUGAAGAACAUCGGUAAACUCGGUCAAAGGAGUGCGUUGCUCAAGGAGGGACGUUUCUUUUCGGCAGUGUCAUAAUUUUGGCUGAUCUUUUCAGUGACAGUGAUUGAUUGAUUGAUGUGAAUCCUUGGUGCUUCCGAUUCACCAGUCGAAAAUAAAGACUUGAAAGCGUGAAAGUAUGCCAGGAUCGGCUAAUCCUUGGGCGACAGAACUCAAGGCGAAAAAGUCCAAAAAUCCAGAAUCAGACCCUGUCUCUUCCAUCCAACCAUCCAACAAAGGUAAAGCAGAAUCCUCCCCAAUUUCAAAAUCCUCCAGAACCACUCCCAAAGAGACAGAGACAGGUUCUGGAAAUAACGAGAUGAAAAAAGUGCCCCAAAAGACUAGCAAUGAGAGCCCGUCUGAAAAUGCCUCUGGAGUAAAACUGAAGCAAGCUCCCUUAAAGGCAAAGAACCCAAAACAAAUCAAGGAACAACAACUAAAGCGGGAAGAGCCGGAAUUGGGGGUCAAGGUCAAGAAGAAGCCCAUUUUGGAGCUUGUGCCCGUUUUGGAGGAGAAUGUGGAUGCCAAGAGCCUGUAUGAAGAGGCUAGAAAUCACCUGAAGAAAACGAAAGAGUUCAAGCCGGGAUCAAAAUCCAAGUUGACCCCAUCAUCCAAGGACAAUGACGAAGAUGAUGAGGACAACAACAAUCCGGUUGAGCGACUAAUCCGGCAGAAUUCUCGCCUGAAGGACAAGACAGCAGUCGGUGAUCAGAGUAUCAAGGUCCAAGGUCAAGCAAACACCAAAGGAACGGCCAAGGAGGCUUCAGGAAUGUCUUCUUCUUCUUCUCCCUCUUCAUCACUCGGUGAAAUGCCGAAUACGCUCAGAAGUCCAAAAGAUCAGAGGAAGACUCAAGAAUAUCUACUCCUAAACUAUCCCCGGGAUGUCAGAAGAAACUUGAAGGACCUGGUUUUGCCUGAAGAUGUAAAGAAUCCUCCUGGAAAUCCCAAGAAAGCGGAUCCCAACGCCGAAAAUUGGGCGGAAGACGAAGAGGAGGAGGAUGAAUGGGAGUGGGAAGAGGACGAAGAUGUGCCGGAAGAGGAAGAAGGCCAGACUCCCAAUUGCAACGGCCAUGAAAACGAAAAUGAAGACGACGAUGGAGAUGAAGAUGAGGACGAUUCAAAGGGUGUUAAAGGUGUACCAGAGAUCAAGAUCAAGGGCAAUAUUUUGAGGAUUGACAGAAAGGACGUUGUGUGGUCAGAUGACGAGUACGAAGCCGACAGCCCACCAGACACUCCCGUCGAGACAAAUGCUCCAGUCAUUGGCAAUGGGCAACCCAAAUCUAUUCCUCCCCCUCCUCCCAUGCCCAAUGGCAUUCCAGUUGCUCCCCCGCCGCCCCCAGGAAAACCUAAACCUUCCCCAGUGAAUAAUGAAAAAGUGGAGCAAUUGAAGAAACGCGCCAAAACCACGCCUGUUUGGACGGAUCUCAUGGAAGAGAUCUCGGGCUUUAGAACUGGUCAUGGCAAGUUGAGGAAAGUGGUCUGCAAUGACAGAAGUAGGCCUAUUCUUUCAACGGAGAAAGUGGGAGAAAAUUUUUUAUAUGAAUCAGAAAUGGGUCUACCGAACCAAGAUAUUCUCAAGGACAUACGAAAAGGAGUUAAACUGAAAAGAGUCAGGACCAAUGACAGAAGUAGGCCUUGUUUGAGAGGCAUUCGAAAUUUUCGACGGCAAACUACCAAAGAGGAGCGACUCAAAAACGGAUUCGCUUUUGAAGAAGACGAGCCUUUGGGAUUGGAGGGAGUUGAAGACGAUGAAAACCCAGAAGAGCUUCGAGAUGACCUCGAAUCCACGAAACAGCUCCUGGAGCUGGAAGUCAGAUCGAAGAAACUUUUGGAAAAGGACAACAAACGACUUCAAAUCGAGCUUGAACGCCUCAAGGCGGAGUUCCAAAAGAUGUCGUCCCACAAACAAGAGGGUCAUGAAGACAAUCCUGAAACUCAAGCCAAGAUCAACUCCGUGGCCAACAAGAGGCGACAGUCCAUUGUCAGACUCCUGAGCGAGAGUGAUGUCCCGUCCAUGUUGGCAGCAGCCGCAGCGGCGGAGGAGGACAAGCCUCCAGCCAAGGAGAAAACCAUCACCGAAGAAGACGAGUGUCCAGAACCCGUUGGUCAACGGCAAUUUGACGUUCUUCCGCCCUUUGUUCGAACAGAGAUCCCUGCCUUUGAGGACGAAGUGAUCGAGACUAUGAAAGAAGAGGUCGACGAGGCCAGAAAAUUGGCCGAAGAGUGGGAGAUGAAAUACAAGGAGAUGCAAAGACAAAUGGCAGAAAUGGACAACGGGCGACGAGGAGGCGCUGACCUGGACAUGGGACGAAGGACCUCGGUGAGUGGAGCUGCUGACCCGAGCUCAGCAUAUCAACGGAUGAGCUCCACCAAUUCUAAUUUCAACGAUCAAGGCCCAGCCGAAGAUGAGGACGAAGAGACGUGGAUGCAGAGAAGAGAAUACCACCAAUUGGAGCAGAAAUUGAGAACCAUUGCCGACAAAAGGGAAAUUGUGGCUCGAGAACGGAAAUUGCUGACCGAAAGGAUGGAGACCAUCACCGUCAAUAUCGGCCAAGAGAUGGAAGCCAGGAAGAAGUUGAAGAAAGACCUUUUGGAGAUGAAUGAGGCCUUCAAAGAGGAGAUCAUGGAGAUGGAGUCGGAAGAGAAGACCAAAGCGGAGCUCGAAGAAUGCUAUUACUCUGAUGAGGAAUCUCUCGUGCCUGCUACCACCAGGAGAACCAAUAGUACUGAGUCAGAGGAAGAGUCCUAUGAAGAAUACGAUGAGGACGUCGCGGAAACCUUGGACGACAUCUUAAAACUGGCCGAAGAUGAGGAGGAAGAAGAUCCAGGCCACACCUUUUUUGAUCACUACCCAGAAUCUGAGGAUGAAGAAGACACACCCGAGGAGGCGAAACCGGAUUGGGAGGCCAAGUUGGAAAAAAUGAACGGAAAAAUCGACAGACACGGGGACAACCUCCAGACCAUGAGAAAGAGCAAUUUUCUGCUCAAAUCUAAAAUCGAUCGAAUGUACGAUAUCCUCCAGAUGCAGAGGGAAAAGCAUCAUGAUUUAAAGCAAGAACUCACCCGCAUGCUCUCGGAUAUUCAAUGAGAACACAGUUUUUGGUUCGUGUUUGAAUUCUUUAUCUGGUCGAUGUUUGCACAUGAUCAGUUGGCAAUUGUUAAUCCCAAAAGUAAAUGAGAAAAAAAUACAUUCUUCACCAUAGUCA